AUGACAACUCUCAAGCCGCCCCCUCUGGCGACUUCAGCGGCGACGGCGCCCCCUUUGUCCUUGACCAUUCGUUUCAGCGCCAGCGUCCCCGAUCUGGACCUCGACAUCCCACACCCGUCGCAGACCACGGUCAUCUCCCUCAAGAACCUGAUCCGCGGUCGCUUGGCUGAGCCCAACUCCCAGCGACGCCUUCGCUUCAUUCAGGGCGGCAAGAUCCUUCCAGAUGGUGCAGCUCUGAGCGCCGUUCUGCGUGCGCCCCCUCCGCCGCCGCCGCGGGCCGAUGACAGGAAUCGUGGCGAUGCCAAAGGCAAAGCUGUCGCGAAUCGCCUACCGUCGCAAAGAAUCUACGUCAACUGCAGCAUCGGCGACUCGCUCACGGAUGCCGAGCUCAAGGCCGAGGCCGAGGCUGCAAGCCUCCCCGUGUCUGAAGCGCCGUCGUCCCAGUUGGGAGGAGGAGGACUGCCAUUGAGUUCGUCGUCGCCUGCAGGAGCGGGCUCCCCGGCGGGCCCCGGCACACCUGCACCAGGCAUCACCACGUCGUCUACCCCGAGGGGCUUUGAUCGGCUACUCAACGCCGGCUUCUCCGCCGCCGAGGUCAACCAGCUCCGGCUACAGUUUCGCUCCAUACACAGCUCGCGCUUCACGCCCGACACACUGCCUUCGCCCGACAGCUUCCGCCGGAUGGAAGAUUCAUGGAUCGACGACAACGGCGCCGCGGUGCCUACGACGGGUAUGGGCACGGGCUCGGGCGCCGUCGGGAGCGGUGGAUUCGACAGCGAUGAGGUUGGGCUUCUGGGCUGGCUGGAUGCCAUGAUCUGGGGCGUCGCCAUUGGCUUCCUCUGGCCCAUGGGCAGUUUCGGUUGGCUGGCGAGGCAGCACGGCAUUCACAGUGACCGAGUCAAGGUCAUGAUUGGGGCCGGUGUAUUCCUAAGUCUCCUCAUUGGCAUUGUAAGGACCAUCUCCGGAGAACAUUAA